CAUAUGGUCAGUUCACUUCUUAUUGUCAUUUCUAUCAUUGCUCUCGUACUAUACUCUCUCUCUCUCUCUCUGAACAACCCUCGCUGACGCUUCACCCACCCUCGACAGGUUCGAGCUUGAUUUCGCUGACGACGAGACACCCUCCCUACUCGACCAAUCACACACAUUCGUUUGUGCCCACCGCUCGCUCCACAAAUCGAUCCCCCUUCCUAUACCGCUAUGCUCGUCUCAUCCUUCGCCAUCCUGGCCACUCUGUUGCCUGCCCUCGCAUCAACUCACAAUCCACCUCCAGCCCUCAAGCACCGACGAUUCGCACAGGAAGUCAAGGCCAGAGAUGGUCUCGCCGUCGCUGGUCCCGCACCAAGGGCCAACUCGGCCCAUGCGGAAGCCCACCGAGUGAUCAAAAAGGCCAUCCGAAAGAGAGACACAGCGACUUGUAGACCUAGAGCUUCAGCUUCUGCAGCAGAGAGUGCCGCUUCUGCUAGUCCGGCGCCUGCUGCCGCUGCUGCCUUAUCGGCCGCACCAAGCCAGGCGGCCGCCGUCGAGUCUGCCUCGCCGUCUCCCGCUUGGUCCGCUUCACCUUCCCCAUCUGCAUCGCCAUCGGCCCCUGACAAUCAACAAGCUUGGGCUCAGCAGGCUGCUGCUCCAUCUGCUUCUCCCUCACCUAGCUCUAGCUCUGGAGGCGGUGGCGGAGUCAGCGUCGGCGUCAGUGUCAAUGUUGGCAAUCUCCUACAGGUCACCGGCAACUGUGGAUGGUGUGAUUCCAACUCAAACCAACCCAACGGUGCUGAAUGGUGGCUUAACUGUGGUCUCGACAGCGGUGGAUGGAACCCACCUUUUGUCAGCUGUCAGGAACUAGUCGCUGUCGAUCUCGACGCUUCAGGAGUUUUCGCACCCUGCGCACAGUACAUUGACAUGUUCAACCAGUAUGGAAGUCAAUACGGAAUUCACCCCAUCAUGCUUGCAUCCUUUGCCAUGCAGGAGUCAACUUGCAACGCUGGUGCUACUGGAAAGAACGGAGAAGCCGGUCUGAUGCAAAUCACUCCUGCCAACUGUCAAGCGGGCAAUAACUGUUGGGACCCCAACUACAACAUUCAACGCGGUGCCCAGCUGUUCUCACAGAUGGUCGCUUCAAACGGUGGAAACUGUAUCGCUGCCAUCGGAAACUACAACGGAUGGUACUCUGGAAUGACUCAAACCAGCGUUUACAACACCCCCAUUUGCACACAGCAGCAGAACCUCGACUAUCUAUUCCAAUUCACAAACGGAUGGAUGCAGAACAAGAAUGCUUAUUCUAUGGGAUCAUUCUUCAAUCUUGCACGAUGCGGUUAAACCGUACAACCACUUGUAAUUCGCCAUUUCACGCUCUCAUCCCGAUGACUUCGUUCCCUCCCCCCUUAUCUCUCUCUCUCGUGGUAUAGUUCCCGCUAGAUGCGGUGAUCGAAACGAAUACGAUGGACUCUGUAUAUACCCCAUGAUUUCAUGAAUUCGAAUGUUUAUACGUUUUAAUAACGCGGGUCAGAGGGCGGCGGCUUCUCUGCAACCGUGGAAAUCUGAGCCACGUGUUCAGUCUCGU